AGGAAAAUAAUCAGUAAGGUGUUCUCAUUGGCGGAAGAGGAUGCCCAUCAUCCCGCAUUUACAAACCUGUGCACGAAGUCUCUGUAGGGUCACAAGGUGUUAUGCGACUUUGAAAUGGAUGAGAGAGCGUUUACUAGCACGCUGUGUAAAUGUUAGGAAAGCCCAGCUGAGAAAACGGGAACUGGAAUUUAACAGUUUGAUGAAUGCCUUUCGAAACAGAAUCUAUAAACCUAACCAUACCAAGUAAAGCUCACAGAUAGAACAGACUAUAAAAAUCAAACGGUCGAAACGGAUGUAGAAGAGGCUGAGGAAUCCUGAGUUUUAGUAUCUAACAUGGUUCAUGCUCCAAAAACACUGCAUGCUAAACCUCCCAUAAUGCAACCUGAACGCAUCUUCGUCCCUGUCUGAAAAACAACACACCCCUUUAGGCCUGUUUUGACUAGAUGACGGAGAAUGGGACGGAGAGAAAGACAGAGGGAGGGACGAGCAGGUAUCCAUGGCAUCUGUGAUCAGGCAUGUAAACGCACUGGAGAAUCAUUGAGCCAUUUCUUCUCCUGGAUCUAGAAUCAAAGAUAAAACGAACUAGUGAAAUAGAGAGGACUUCUACGCUGGAGCAUGAUGCCGCCCAAACCCACCAGGGUGAACUACAGGAUGAAGUUCAUCACGACCAGCUCCAGAGACAUCUCACAGCCAGACUACGAAGACCUGGAUGCAUUGGUGCCUGCUGGCACAGAUGGAAGCCAGUCAGAGGUUAACGUCAGACCUGUACCUCGUCCCAGGUCUAAAUUCCAACCAAAAGGCCAGAGUAACACCGACAACACUGUAGACAAAUCUAGCAAUCUAACCAAUGCAGUGAGUUUCCAGCACAAUGAAUAUCCUGCAGACUAUAUGAGGCGCUGUCCUGUUCGUCCCCUUCCUGAACCACCAAUUAAAAAAUCUUUGAACUUCAGUAAACCCCCAGCAGCUGUCGACGGAGGCAGUCAACAUAUGAGUUUAAAUAGUAAACCAGCUGUGAAGCCUCCAGCUGUCAGUACUGAGAGACUACAAAAUCCUCCUCCUCCUCCUCGUCCUGAACGCCUCCCUCCUCUCUCCAUCUAUUAUAAUAGACCACUAUCCUCUAUGAGCUACACGGAGGAUUCUCGGCUAUCCACAAUCAGCUCCAUGCGACAAACUCCAGUCUCCCCAGCUUUCUCUGAAGAAGUAGUGAACCUCUAUGGGACUUAUGAUGAAAUGGCCACAAACAGCACAGAAAGACCUGCAGUUCCCCCUCGACUUUGUCAGUCCUCCUCCCUCCCCCGCUCUUCCUCAGUGUGUGAAACCUUGCCUCCACAGACCAGACCACCACCGCCUCCAUUCAACCCGCCAUCCCCACCUUCAACAGGGACACCAUCGGAGUCAGCUUACAGUGAGAUAGAGCAUCGUCCCUACCUGGAUAUUCUGCCAGAGGAAAAGAUGACAAAAUGGAGGUCAAUGCCUCGUUCUGGACUACACUUCCAGAGUGGCUGUUUCUCUUCACGUCAAGAGGCGACAGAAGUCACAGAUGACAUCGAUAGGAUGUUGAGAUGGUUGACAAGAGUGUCAAAAUCUGAUGACAUGAGUCUGUCAGUGCAUGGCCUCAGUAUAGAAGAGGAAAUCAGAUCAUUUAAUCAGAGAGCCGUGAAUGUGAACAAGGCCCUGCGCCUCUACAACCUUCUCAUGAUGAAGCGCAGUGAAAGCCUGCGGAAUGUCAUCACAGAGCUCAGCUCCAUCUCCAACAAUCUGGACAAGAUGCAGAAGAAGACCAAAACCAUGGGCAUUGCUGGUGGCACCACAGGUGCUGUGGGAGGGGUGACUGCAGUGGUGGGCAUUGCCUUGGCUCCUAUGACCAUGGGUGCCUCACUGAUAGCUACAGCUGUUGGUGCUGGCAUGGUGGCAUCCGCUGGCGGUAUGGGCACUCACACUGUUAAGGCCAACAGGAAGAUUGUGAAUAGGAUGACAGUUGAGAAACUAGUGUCCAAUUAUAAGGCAAAUAUUGUUGACCUGGGACAUUGUCUGGCUUUUAUCCUCUCUGAGAUGAAUGAGCUGCGAAGGCACGACAUUGCCAGGGUACAGAGGGCAGGAGCCCAGCCUGACGCACUGAAGAUGGCACAUCUGUCACAGUCUGUGUUUAGGAAUAACACAAGCUAUGAAAGCAGGACUUCUGUUAUACACACAGCUGGGAUGUCAUCUGAGAGACUGCUUCUGGCUUUUACUAAGGAUAUGGAUCAGUUUUUUACAGGAGAGGAUGGUCAGAAUCUGAAAAACUCGACCAGGAGCAGGAACACGUUUUCGGAUAGGGUUCACCUGCUGGCUGAAAAUCUGCAGGAUGAACUAGACCACCUGAAUCUUAUGUGGGAAAUGUUUAGUUGAAUCAGAGAAGUCUUUGUGUGUGUGUGUGUGUGUGUGUG